AUGCAGAUUCAGCGAUCACUGGCUGCAGCACUGUUUCUGCUGUUGUUUCCCGCCGUCUCAGCUGUACAGAACGUCAGAGUCCAAGGCGCGGAUUUCGUUAAUAAUGUCACAAGCAACCGUUUCCAGAUCCUGGGCGUUGCAUACCAACCAGGUGGCCAAGAAGCAUUUGGCCAAGGGUCUGACCCGUUGAGUAAUAGCACUCUCUGUCUACGAGAUGCUGCCCUUAUGCAAGGCUUGGGCUUGAAUACGAUCCGAGUCUACAAUCUAGAUGCUCUAAACCCGGAUGAUUUAGACAGCAGCUACAGCUCAACUUACCUCAACCGUAUAUUCUCCGUCGUCGAAGCGUUUCAUAGUUAUCCAAAUAUUCUUGGCUUCUUUUCUGGCAAUGAGGUCAUGAACGACGUGGGCGAUGGUAAGGAUGUCCCACCCUACGUUCGGGCUGUCACGCGUGAUUUGAACAACUACAUCUCGAAGCAUUCGCCGAGAACGAUACCAGUUGGCUAUUCUGCUGCCGACGUGAAAGAAAUCCUCACCGACUCCUGGGCUUACCUUUCCUGUGCUAUUGACGGAGACCAAGAAGACCCUUCGCGUAUCGAGUUCUUCGGCCUCAAUUCUUACUCAUGGUGCGGGCCGACAAGCUCUACGGCGAAUUACGUUGCGAGUAGCUAUGAUGAUCUCAUCACGGAAUUCGUGGAACCACGGGUCUGGGACGAGGUUUCGGUUCUUUAUGGUAACAUGACUUCGGUUAUGAGUGGAGGUUUAGUGUAUGAAUACUACCAAGAGGAGUCGAAUAAUUACGGGCUGGUCUGGCUAUAUGAGAAUGGAACGGCAGAAGUCAGGGUGGACUACGACAACCUUCAAAAUGCUUACGCCAAGCUUGACGUCAAAGCUCUUCAAAGUGGCAAUUCAUCAGCUACCAAUAUCAAAGCACCAAAAUGCAGCAGCGAUCUGAUCUCCUCCGAUUCCUUCAGUAAGGAUUUCACGCUCCCGUCACUUCCUUCCGGAGGCCAAGAUCUACUCAACAACGGGGUCAAAAAUCCGAAUCGCGGCAAGCUGGUAGAUGUGACACAGACUCAGGUAGCACUGCCGGUGUAUGGAAGCAACGGCAAGCAGCUUCAGGGAUUAGCCAUCAAACCAUUAGCCCAAGAUCAAUCCAAUGUCCCUGGGACCGGGACCUCAAGUGGAGCGCAACCGUCGUCAAGCAAGAAGAGCGGGGCGGUUCAAGUCAGGUCCUACGCGACCACUGGGCUCUUGGUGGUCCUAGCUGUGCUACAUUCUCUGAUAGCGUGA